GUUUCACUUCCUCCGCCCCCUCCUAAUGGAGUGAACCAUUCCCUGCUCUGCCUUCCCUCUCUCCUUCUCGGUCUGUUUCUGCCCCCUUUCCCUCGAUCUCUCUUCUUCUUCUUCUCCAGCUCGGUGUGCGUGUCGGUGUGUUGUAAGAGGAAAAAAAGAGAAUAAAUAAUUUAAAAAAUAAAAAAGAACAGGGCAGAGCAGAAAGGAAAGGAAAAGUCUCUCGGCUGCUCGGAACUAGUUGGCAAUGCCUGGGGUGCAGCGGCCCCCCACAUUUCCCCAAGUCACACUUUAAGGAAAGAAAGACAGGGAAGAGAAAGAGAAACGAAAGAUCUGCAGUCGCAAAUGGUUGUACUCAAUAUAGGAUGGGACUUAAGUUGAACGGCAGAUACAUUUCUCUGGUCCUCGCUGUGCAGCUAGCAUACCUGGUGCAAGCAGUCAGAGCAGCGGGCAAGUGCGAUGCGGUCUUUCAGGGCUUCUCGAACUGUGUGCUCAAGAUGGGCAAUAAGAUUGCCACCUACCCUCAAGACCUGGACGACAAGAGAAAUCUCGAAACAAUCUGCCGGUACUGGGAUGAUUUCCAUGCCUGCACCCUCACAGCCCUCACGGAUUGCCAGGAAGGGGUGACAGACGUCUGGGAAAAACUGAAAGAGAAAUCCAAAAAGCUUGACUACGAAGGCAACUUGUUUGUCCUGUGCAGCAAAACACAGCGGGCGGCUUCGUCGGUGGUGGCUUCGGCCUCCCCUUUGCUGCUGGUGGCUCUCUCGGUGGCCCUGGCGACGUACUUCUCAUUUUAGAAGGCCGCCCCCCCUGCCCCGCACUUCGUGUAGAGCACGCCUGUCCACAUGACAACGAUGACGUUUCCUCCUCGCCCCGCCUCCUCUUCCUCCUGCCCACCCACCCAACUGCUUCUUCUCUCUUACUCCAGGAACUGGAUUUACAGAGGAAAAGUCUCCAUCUUUUUUGCUUUGGGGGAACGAGGGGAGGGGGAGAUCUGUUGUGAAUUCUCCAUGACGCCCGCCAUGACGCCCGCCUGAGAAAGGUUUGGGGAGGAAAGAGAGAGAUAAACGGCCGCCACCAAGAACUGCCACCGCCACCACCGCUCUGACGACGACAAGAAGCACGUUUUCUCUCUCUCUCUCUCUCUUGGCCUCCGUAGUUUCUUUUGCAUUCUGAUGAUUUGCCAAAUGGUACCAAAUGGCAGGCCCCCAAGCCGGCCAACAGCCAAAAUCGGACCUCAGCUUUAUGCCUCUUCUUCUUCUUCUUCUUCUUCUUCUUCAGACCAAGGUCAGCUGGAGCCCUUCUUUCUUGUGUGCAAAAAGAAAUCUCAGGAACGGCCUUCGAGCCACCACCGAAUACUCCUAAUAAAAUAAAAUAAAGCGUUAAUAGGUAAUAAGAGUAAUAAUAAAACUAGAAUGCUAGUGAGGACACUGCUUGCAACGACAAACGGAGGGGCUCUUCUGGGAAACAUCGACGAGGAAGGAUGAGUGGAGCGAGGAAAUGUAAAAGGAAAAGAAGAAGGGUGGGGGGGAAACAAAGGAAAGGGAAGAGGGGGGAGGGGGAGAAGGGAACCGGAAUUGGAUACACCUUCGCUUGGCCACGUGCGGGAAGAAGCGCUCGAUGGUGAAUUAACCCACAGACGAUCAUCUUUCCUUGGGAACUCGUGUUUUCUUUUGUUUUCCAAGAAUUUUUCCGGCCAUUCCACUUUAAAGACGUAAGACUCCCCGCCCCCCUGCCCUUCCUGAUGGUGUGGCUUAGGGGGGCAGAGAGAAAUCGAAAGGACAACCCAACGAGGGAAAGCCAAGAGGGACAAACAUUAAAAGGCGAUUUCGCUGAAAUGACCCAAUGAAUGCUGCUGAGUUUGCUGAGAGUUGAGCUUUACUUAAGAGUCAAGGCAUUUUUUUCAAUUGUCACUGCCUUUUUUCUUUUCUUUUCUUCUUUUCUUUUCCAAAGUUUCCCCCUCUUCUUUUUUAAGUGUUCCACCAUUGACGUACCGAUAUCUUAACGAUCCAACAGUGUAGAUCACAGGGGGCGGGGGGAAGGGGAGGGGGAACGUAUACGUUAAGGUAAAAAAAAAAUUAAAUUAAAAUUAACACACAGCGUAAUGGUUUUUUGGGGGGAAAGUAUUAAAAGAGCCUUGAUUUUAAAAGAAAAAAAUGUAAUUUAAGAAAGUUUAUUAUAAAGUCAAUUCAGCAAAAAAAAGUUAUAAAAGAUUUGCUACAAAGUAUAGAAAAAGGUAUAAAAUAAAAUUAUUGUUUGAAAUGAG